UUUGCUUGUUCAGAAGUGUAAAAAAGUAUGAAAAAGACUGAAAAGGUGGCAUCGGUGAAGAGCUUAGCGAAUUUUGUCGUUGGGCUACGCAACUAGCAAAGUUUUUAUUUAUAUGUAGGUAAAGAAAAUUCUACUCAAUGAAGAAUUUUAUGAUUUAAUGGCAUAAAAUGGAUAAUACACAAACUAUAGAGGAAAGGAUUGUAACGCCAGAAUUGUUUUUUUUAAUAACAAAGUUUCUGGCUAACGGACCACUUCAGGACACAGCCAAGGUUUUAGUGCAGGAAUUAGAAGAAAAAAAGGUAUUACCUAAGCGUACAGAUUGGCUUGGAAAUCAACAUGAGCAGACGUUUAGGGAGUUGGAAAAUAAAUAUUCACAUAUCGGACACAAUCAUUUAUUGGAAAUAUGUUGUCGCAUUGGACCUAUUUUAGAUAAAGAACUAGCGCCUAGUGUUCCCGGUAUUAUUUCAUUACUUGGUUCUGGUCGACAAAGUCUUCUUCGCACCAAAGAUAGUGUAUACCAUACUCGAUCUUUAUUAGAUUAUUGUACUCGAUAUCAUGGUGUUUCACUGCCCGAUUCAUCAGUAAUUAAGCCCAUUCAUAAUUAUCAAAAAGUUUUAACUGGUCGUGAAUAUGGAGGACCCGUCCGUAGAAAACUGCUUGUUCCAACAAGCUUGUAUGGUAAAACGAAGCUCUUACGUCGAACAGUUGGUCACUUAUCAUCAGUAUAUUGCGUACUAUUUGAUCGCACAGGACGUUAUAUUAUAACGGGAGCCGAUGAUUUAUUAAUUAAAAUAUGGUCGGCAACAGAUGGCCGAUUAUUAGCAACUUUACGUGGUGCUUCAGCUGAAAUUACAGAUAUUGCAAUUAAUUUAGAUAACACAAUGUUAGCUGCCGGUUCACUAGACCGCAUUUUGCGCGUUUGGGAUUUACAAUCUACUUCACCGAUUGCUGUUUUGUCUUCACAUACAGGCAUGAUAACAUCAGUAAAUUUUUGUCCCUCUCCGAGAGGUGAUCUAAAGUACUUAGUAACAACUAGCACAGAUGGUUCUAUAGCAUUUUGGCAAUAUUCAACACCUCGUGGUCAAAAAGUUUCUUUUGCACCAAAACCUACUCAAUUUCAUGAAAAAUUAAGGCCGGGUCAAGCGCAAAUGAUGUGUACUAGUUUUUCACCAGGAGGUAUAUUUCUUGCUGCAGGUUCCGCAGAUCAUCAUGUUCGCGUAUAUCUUAUGUCGGAAGACGGGCCAAAGCGAAUAUUAGAAUCAGAAGCAUACACAGAUGCAGUGGAUUCAGUUCAAUGGUCGCAUCGUGGAUUGCGUUUUAUAUCAGGUAGUAAAGAUGGCACAGCACAUGUAUGGAGUUUUGAAUCACAGCAAUGGAAAAGUGUUAAAUUAUGUAUGUCUGAGCGGUUGCCAACAUGUCCUGAACCCGAGGAAGGAAAGAAACUUAAAGUAACUAUGGUGGCAUGGGAUUGCUCUGAUAAGUAUGUGAUAACUGCUGUAAAUGAUUUCACAAUAAAAAUUUGGAAUUCAAAAACUGCCAAACUUCACCGCGUGUUACGUGGACACAAAGACGAAUUAUAUGUUUUGGAAACAAAUCCAAAAGAUGAGCAUGUGUUGCUUUCAGCAGGACACGAUGGUCAAGUAUUUCUAUGGGAUAUAGAACAGGGCAUCUCUGUCGCUCAUUUUGUUAACGAUAUUGAUGGUCAGGGUCAUGGAGGUGUAUUUGAUGCUAAGUGGUCACCUGAUGGUACAAUGAUUGCUGCUACAGACUCUCAUGGACAUAUAUUAAUAUUUGGUCUAGGAAUUGGACCUGAUAAAUACAAAAUUUUACCCAAUGAAUUGUUUUUCCAUACCGAUUAUCGACCACUAUUAAGAGACACAGCCCAUCAUGUUGUUGAUGAACAAACUCAAAUUAUGCCACAUUUAAUGCCACCACCAUUUUUAGUUGAUGCUGAUGGCAAUCCGCAUCCUGCUAAAUAUCAACGUUAUGUGCCUGGAAGAGAAAACUGUUCAACAGAUCAACUUAUACCUAAUCUUACAAUUGGGGCAGAUGGUGUAGUUAUUGAAGACAAUGGUGGUAGUAAUUAUAGUCAAAUUGAUCGGUUAAUAGCAGCUUUGCAAAAUCGACAAGGUGGAGCUGGUACAGUGUCAUUGCCAAAUAACGCCAGUAAUAACCAUUCACAGCUUGAUCUUAUGAAUGAAGCUUUAGCAAAUCGACAAGGGCAGGAACAAGCACCAGAUUCAAAUAAUACCGCGGGAAGCAGUAGAGGAAUAUCAGCUCAAUUAGGAGCUGGAAAUAAUCUCACAAGAAACGGAAUUAAUCCAGCAAUACGCCGUCUUUCUGAGGCUAAUAGCAUACCUCCACGGCAAGGUACUACUUGGGGAAGACCUCCAGAACAGCAAAUUCAGUCGCCACUCAUGAAAUAUGUACGGCGAAUCUAUAUACGUCCUAUGAAAUAUGCUCAACUACAGAAUUUAAGACAAAAUGUUUAUGCUUCUGGAAAUUUUGAAAUGCAAGAAUAUAAGAGAGAGUUAAGGCGUCGUCCUAUAAUGAUAAACACCUCUAAUGCAGCUACUUCAACACAGGGUUCUGGUCGUCAACGGAGUACUAGAGCAAAUGGUGGACGUGCUGGCCGGAGACGCGGGCAACCUUCCCAACCAGCUUAUCGUACCCGUGCAGUACGUGAAGAAGAAGAAUCAAUUCCUGCUCCGCCUGAAGAAGAUGAUGAUAGUAGCGCAACGUCUGGCGAUACAAAUUAUUCAAAUGCAGAAGAAAAUCUAGAAUCAUCUGAUGAUUCGGAUACAGAAAGCUCUGAUUACUCAGAUUGGGUUGCUGAUACUCCUGGUCCAAACUUGGAACCACCUAAACGUUGUAAACGUAAGCCACUAUCCCGACGUCACACGCUUAGUGACGAUAGUAGUGAUGAAACAGAGCAAGCAUCAACUUCUGCUGCAGCCAAUGCAUCACGUCGAAAUAAAAGAUCCCAACCACCAACAGCUCCAAAUGGUGAAAUAUCUGAAUUAUAUCGUCCAUCAGAAUGGUUAUCAGAGGUUAUUCCUCGUAAAGCACCUUACUACCCUCAAAUGGGUGACGAAGUAGUAUAUUUUCGACAAGGUCAUCAACGUUAUUUAGAAGCUGUUAACCAAAAAAAAGUUUAUAAACUUACACAAAGUUCAGAACCCUGGAAUUGUCGAACUUUGCGAGAUCAUGAGUUAGUUCGAGUGAUCGGGAUUAAGUAUGAAAUUCGUCCACCACGUUUAUGUUGUCUUAAACUUGCAAUGGUUGAUGAAGAUGGAAAUAUGACAGGUUCUUCAUUUAAAAUAAAGUACCAUGACAUGCCAGAUGUCUUGGACUUUUUAGUUUUGCGACAAACUUUUGAACUUGCAGUGCAAAGGAAUUGGAAUAUUGGUGAUCGAUUUCGUUGUAUGAUUGGCGAUGGUUGGUGGAUGGGUCAAAUUGAAUCUAGACAUGCUUUGGCGACAGAGUUUCCGAAUUCAUAUUUUAUGUGUUUUCGUGUAAGAUGGGAUAACGGAGAAUACGAAUAUAUGAGCCCUUGGGAUAUGGAACCUAUUGAUGAGAAUCGUUUGCCUGACGAAGUUGGUGGUGCAGUUCCUGUACUGCCAGAAGAAAUUAGGGCAACCUUAUAUCAACCUAAGUCGGAAGAAUGGCACCGAGGUGAUAGAGAUGGAUCUUGUAGACGUAUAAUUAAUGGAUUUGAACAAGUUAUGCGUUUAUCUAUAGCUGAACAUUUUUUGGCUCCUGUUGAUUUGAAUAUAUAUCCAGAUUAUGCAUAUUUAAUAGAAUAUCCUAUUGAUUUAACUACGAUAAAGUCUCGUUUUGAAAAUCAUUUUUAUCGUAGAAUUACUUCAGCGCAAUUUGAUGUUCGUUAUUUAGCGACAAAUGCGGAAAAAUAUAAUCGGUCACAUACAAACAUUAUUAAACACGCACGCAUCAUCACAGAACUUUGUUUGAGGAUUAUUAGAGAACUUAGCGAUAUUGAUGUAGCCGCAGCUUAUCAUCAAUACGUUGAUUUCUAUCAUUCAUCUGAAACUGAGAAUGAGCGUGAUUCUGAUGUUGUGCCUUCUACAAGUACAGGCGCUACUACGCCGGCAGCAGCGCGAAGAACUUUAUCAUCAACACGAAGAUCUAAUCGUAUACGUUCAGAUGGCGAUUGGCGCUCCGACUGCAGGCAACUACUAGAUAUACUUUGGCAAAGGCCAGAUUCAGCGCCAUUUCGAGAACCUGUUGAUACAAUUGAGUUUCCAGAUUAUUUGGAAAUAAUUUCCACUCCAAUGGACUUACGCACUGUUAAGGAAGAUUUGCUAGGUGGAAAUUAUGAUGAUCCUUUGGAUUUUGCAAAAGAUGUGCGCUUAAUAUUUAUUAACUCGAAGAAUUACAACACUAACAAACGCUCAAGAGAUUAUUCCUCGAUUUAUUCUAUGACGCUUCGCCUCAGUGCUCUUUUUGAGUCUCACAUAAAAACCGUCGUCAGCAACUGGAAAGCUGCAAGACGGCGCGCUAAUAAAAACAAAAAGAAUAGUGGUAGAGGAUCAAGUAGUAGUCCUACGAAAAGGACACAAUCUGAAAGAAAUCGUCCUGGACCUUCUACUCGAAGAAAUAAUAAAUCUAAUCGACAAAUUCGUAGUUCUGACGAAGAUGUCGAGAAUGAUGAAGAUGAUUCGCAGCCACGCAGUAGUCAACGACGAGUUGGAAGAAAUGGGCCAACUCGUUCACAGGUUGUAACAUCAAACUCAUCUAAUCGUGUUACUUCAUCAUCACAUCGACGAAUAAAUGGAACAGAGGAUGCACAACCUACACGUAGUUCACGACGUAAAGCGCAUAGUCAAGAACUAAAUGAAGAUGAGGAUGAUGACGAAGAUGAAGAGGAAGACGAAGAAAAUGAACAAAAUGAAAGUGAAGAAAAUGAGAGUAGCUCCAAUAGUGAAGCCGAUGAUGUAUCAAGUGAAGAUGAAAGUAGUGGGGAUGGCAGUGAUAGUAAUAAUAAUGAUGACGACGAUGACGACCAUGAUUCAAAUGUUGGACGCUCUCCAAGAAAAAAAAAUAAACGAAAAUCUCAUUCAGAUGAUGAUUCAGAAGAAAGUUAUAAUCCCUUAAAAGAUCGUCGUCAAAAUAAAAAACGUCGAAAAUAUAAUAAACAAAAACAGACGCAACGUAAACGAAAUGGUGUACAUAAAAAAAGUAAACCCACUGCCAAUGGUAUUAAAAGAACGGUUUCAAAUCCGAAAAAUUCUCGAAGAGGUCAACGUCGACGAUACCAAUCUUCCGGUGAUGAGGAAACAGUAGUAGUUUCCCAAAUAGAUGAAAGCACUCAAGAUACGGACCAGCAUACACCAAAGAAAAAAGGUCGACCACCCAAAGCGCAGAGUACAACAUAUGUUGCCAAUGGUCCUAGUACAAGUUCAAGUACUUUACCAGAAGUCUCAUCCCGUAUUACUCGUGGCGCAGCAGGUUCAAGACGUAAUCCUGCUGAAAACGACCAUAGUUAUCAUUUGCCAGUUCGCAAUGGACGCUUACAAGAAUCAGAUACAGAUUCAAGAGAAUUAGGCACACGUCCUACACGCUCAAGUGCUAAAAGAGCAAUUCUUGAAUGGGCAAAAGGAAGCGAUAUUGACGAGAUAGAUAGUGAUGAGGCUGAGGAGAUAUUGCCUACUCCAACACCAACUAAGGUUAAUGGUACGGCAAAUAAUACGCGGUAUUUAAAUGGCCCUUCAACAAGUCGUGCCGCUAUUGCUGCCGCAGCUGCUAACACUGGCACAGUAAUUAGGCAGUUGCGAACGAAUAGAAAUACAGUUGUAGAACCGCGGGGGAUUGAUAGUGACGACGAUGGUAGUGAUGACGAACCUUUAGCUUCAAGUCAGAAUUCACAGCUUAGUGCACAAAGUAAAAGACAGCACUCAAUACGAGUUGAUGCCACUAGAGUAAGUCGACAAAGUUCUUUACAGUUGCAACGAUUACGACCGCACGCGGUAGCAAUUAGUACUAGUGCGAGUACAUCACAUAUGACACGUUCUCACGCAACCUCAACUACAUCAAAUGCCGCGUCGUCCUCUAGCAGUAGAAUAUUACCCUUAAGCACGCAUGAUCACAAUUACAUUGGUGAUACAAGACCGACAACAACAAACAGUAAUGUGCGAAACACACGUCGUUUAUUAUCCCGACAUCAACGAAAUGCUGAUGAAUUAGAUAGUAGUAUUGAUCCUUUGGAAAAUGUGAGGCUUUUUGCUGCGGCUUCUCGUUCCAGACGCAACUUUCCCACCUCAACAUCAAAUGUAUCAAAUACAACUAAUAGUACUAAUGCAGUAACAACUGUUGAAGUUAGGCGUGGACGUUCACGUUAUAGCCAAGAAAAUUCUCAAACUGAUGCACACGAUGAUGACGAAGAUGAAGAUGCUGGAGGUUCAGAUGAAGGAACAGUGGGUGGCUCUAGUAAUCACACCGAAGAUUCUUCUGACUCUGACGACAAUCAACCGUUGACAUCGUAUGUACCCGCAGCAAAAAGAUCACAACGUAAUAUAGUAAAAAGUCGUAAAACAGAAAUCAAUCGGGAAGUGCGUGUGCAGCGUGGUUGUCGAAAUCUUAAACGACCUCGUUAUAAUGAACAAAGUGAAGACGACGAACCAGCGCCAAGUCGCAGACGUACGAAUGAUAACGGUGUUGGAAGUUCGGCUACUGUGUCUACAGUAUCAUACAAUAGAUUAGCAGCAGUUGAUGACGUCGGAGAUGAUAGUUCUGUAGACAGCGACGACGAACAAUUAAUAAGCGUGAGUAGUAGAGGAAGAGUGCGGAAAAUUACUGCCAAAGCGAGAGGGAUUUUCAAAGAGUAAUUUAUAUAAAAAUGAACUUUACUCUUGACUGUUAAUAUUUAUAUAUAUACAAAAAGAAAAAAAAAA